ACCAAUGACAGCCAGCUUUCCGUCAGCGUAGUAUUUUCUAAAAAUUAUCUAAAGUAAAGAGUUAUUAUUGUAUUUCUAGAGUUUAUACAUAGUGUAUUUUUAUAUCUAAAUUAUAUCUAAUAUGUUAAAUUCAUGUACAAAGUGUUAGCGUGUGAAUAAAAGUGUAUGUGAAUGUUGAGACUCCAUUCUACAAUGAAAGAUGUCGUAUUAUUGGUGUGUGUACAGUCGCACCAAACGAAAGUGACUAGUUGACCGUGUGUUAUACGGUGCUUAUUGAAACAUUCGACUGGCAUUAAAAUGGCGCAGACGGUGAGGCGAGCGAUCGAGGGCAGAUACCCGUCCUGUUACAUACCUAGUAGGAUAAAAGAGAGGAGAGCAAAGGCUCGGGCUUUGAGGUUAGAACAACAGCGGAAGCCGGACAAACCGGAGGACUUUGUAUGCUACUCGGACAGUGACAGCGAGGAAGAAACACCAACACAGCAACAUAGGAUAUUGUCAACUUCUUAUAAUUUUGUCGACUAUGUACGCUCUAGAGAAAUGCAGACGUCGGAGCCACGUUCAGUGGAGCCGUCAUACGCGACGCGACACAUGCUCACACACGACAUGUUCCGGGAGACGCCCAUCAACCUGGGCAACAUGAACAAGGUGUUCUGCUCGCAGUGGCUGUCCGACAGACAGGUGGUCUUCGGCACCAAGUGUAAUAAGCUAAUGGUGUACGACGUUCGUCGACGGACGCUGGACGCGAUCCCGACGCUGCGGCCGCGGGCGCCGUGGGCGGGCGCCGACCAGCAGACCGGCAUACACGCGCUGCAGAUCAACCCCUCCAGAACGUUACUAGCGACAGGUGCGCGUAACUCGUGUGAGCUAGCGAUAUACAGCCUGCCGACGCUAGACCCCGUCUGUGUCGGGGAGGCACAUAAAGACUGGAUCCUAGACAUGUGUUGGCUAGACGACGAGUUCGUGGUGACAGGCUCCCGCGACUCCAAGCUGGCGCUGUGGCGGGCACCAGCAGCCCCGCCCACCCAGGCCAUGCACCACUAUGUACCGCCUGUCUGUGUCAAGGAGUGUCGCUCCGGUCAGAAAGUCCGCGCGCUUACGUUCAAUCAGCGUUGGCGCGAGAUCGCGGCGCUGACGCUCAACGGAUACAUACACGUGUUCAACGCAGAGACCUUCCGACAGACACUGUCUAGGAAACUACCCUCGUGUCAGGAUCUAGUGUGUUUGGCUACACAGGAAAGUGGUGUAUAUGCAAUCGGCUGCAAAUCCUACACGCUACUACUAGACUGCCGUACUUUGCAAUCAGUUAAGAAGAUCACAUCUCGCUACAAUGGAUGCGGCAUCCGCUCUGCCAGCUUCCGAGGCAAUAUGCUUACUAUCGGCACUGGAUUAGGUCUACUAAUGUUCUACGAUCUACGCGCAGGCAAAUACUUAGAGAGUAAUAUUCAUUCUACCAAAACUGUCACACUGAAAGCUUCACGAGGUUAUGUGUUCCCCGACGAGGAAGCGGACGGCUUCAACCAAGUGAAGCACGUACCCGCCAUCUACACGCACUGCUACGACGACAGCGGUACUCGCAUCUUCACCGCCGGCGGACCCCUGCCAGCCACCCUCAUCGGCAACUACGCCGGACUCUGGCAGUAGCCCCCCCAACAUCUUCACCGCCGGCGGACCCCUGCCAGCCACCCUCAUCGGCAACUACGCCGGACUCUGGCAGUAGCCCCCCCCCAACAUCUUCACCGCCGGCGGACCCCUGCCAGCCACCCUCAUCGGCAACUACGCCGGACUCUGGCAGUAGCCCCCCCCCCAACAUCUUCACCGCCGGCGGACCCCUGCCAGCCACCCUCAUCGGCAACUACGCCGGACUCUGGCAGUAGCCCCCCCCAACAUCUUCACCGCCGGCGGACCCCUGCCAGCCACCCUCAUCGGCAACUACGCCGGACUCUGGCAGUAGCCCCCCCCAACAUCUUCACCGCCGGCGGACCCCUGCCAGCCACCCUCAUCGGCAACUACGCCGGACUCUGGCAGUAGCCCCCCCCAACAUCUUCACCGCCGGCGGACCCCUGCUAGCCACCCUCAUCGGCAACUACGCCGGACUCUGGCAGUAGCCCACCCAACAGACCCCCAGCUCGCGAGAUUAGGCCUCCCAAAUGUUGAUACACAACCCCUGAAAAUUUGGAACGUGAUUACCUAAUGUUUGAAAAGAAAUGAGAAUUGAGUUUAUGAGAAAUUAUUCAUUCACACGAAUUCGGCAGGAAAACUUGUCCCCCUAAUAAUUUUGAAUAUGAAAUUAGUAAGGGUAGCUUUAUGCCAUUGGUCUAUUAGAUUUGGACCCAUGUAGCUUUAUGCUAUGUAACUCAUAAUUCGCAUAUCAAAAAUUGAAUAAAAAUGCUAUUCUUUUUAUUACUGAAAUUAAACAAAAAUAAAAAAAUUGCUUUAAAAACUGAGUGAAAACUAACAAAAAAAUCUUAUGAUAAAUUAUUUAAUACAUAUAAUGUAGUGUUUUCCACUGCAGAGUCUAAAUAGGUGACUAGUGUUGUCCGAUUUCAAUAUCGAUAUUUUUGUCGAGGCUUAAAAUGUCUUAACGUCUUAAUCGAGAAUACAAUUAUUUUCAUCCAUCCAUCUGGGUCCUAUAAAUUAAAUUAGGGUUUCCACCACUGAAACAAUGAUUUUACAACAUGUAAAUCACAAAAUAUACUACGUUAUUUCUUACAAAACACUUUCAAUGAUAGACCCACUUAAAAAGCGUUAUAAUUGUAAUGAUGAUCGAGAUACGACUAAAUAAAAAGCUGUGUGUGAUGUCUUGUAUCAAAUAAGAUACAUAUUUAAUUUUGUACUAUUAGUCUAAUACUUUUAAAAUUAUGUCCUAAAUGAAGUUGGAAGGAAAAAUAUCGAAAUUAGAACUUCCACAGAGGUUUAUAAAAACACUCGAUUUUAAUUAUAUCUUCGUUUUAAAAUGGAAUACGGGAUGUAUUUUAAAUGCUUGAAUUUUAACUAUUAGGUUAAUUUAGGCGAGUAUAGUUUAUAUAGUAAAAUGGAUUAUAGCGUAGAUGUGUACGGAAUUGUGUAUGCAUAGCAAUAAUAUGAGGAAAUACGAAAGUGCAAAAUUAUUCGAUUUGUGAAACUUGACUUGUUACAGAGUGCAAUAGAAAUGAUUAUAUCAACGAUCAAACGAGGGAUUUACGUUCAACUAAACGCGAAAUUUAAUAAAAAAAGAUAGAACACAAUUUGUUGAUGGAUAAUUUAUUUACUUUUAUUUUAAUGCGUGAAUUGGAUUGUUACAUAAUAGAUAACGCUAUUUUUUAAAUUGUUUCGUAAUUUUUAUUUUGACAUAUUAAAAUGUUAAUUUAUACAAAUAAUUUCUUGCGGCAAAUAUGUAUUAUUUAAAGUUGGUAAGUCACAAAAAUGCGCGAAUGAUGUAAUUAAUUUGCCGUGAAUGUAAAUUGCGCUAUAAUUUAUCUGGAUAAUAUUAUAGAAUGAACAGAUUAGAUAUCGAUAUUUUUUUAGCCAAGAAAGCCUUGCACAUCACUAGUAGUCGAAUGGUGAAAACUAAUAUUGUUGAAUGACUAUUUAACCUGCUUUGAUAAACUUACCUCAAAUAAAUAUAAAUAUCGAAAGCCCUGAUCUCACCAAUAACCAUAAGGGUUUCUUUUACAUAAAAAUAUUGCCACAUUUCCACUCUUGGCGAAAAAACUAUCGAUUACAGAUUGGUCUCGGCUCGACUCGGUCUUGGUAUUGCCUUUAAACUGUGUACUUCAAAACACCAUAUAAGAUAUUGAUGUUAUGAUGUCACUUCGCGAUUCAAAGCCGCAUGUACCUCAGUAAUCGUGUAGACGAAACGGGACGACCUGUAUAUACUUUAGAUAUACAUUUAUUAUUGUAAUAUUACUUCAUUCAUUUAAAAAAUAUUUUUACAUUAUUUUCAUAUGAUAUGUGAUUGUAAAUUAGUUUAGUUUUUAGUAAUAUCGAACAUUGUCGUCAGUGUUUACUUUUGUAUAGCUAAAUGUUUUAGUAUAGAUUAUAAAUAAUGUGGUUUAUUGUUUGUAAGCCGUCCCGUUUUCACGGAUACAUAGUUACAAACGUCUAUAGUAAAUAUCUCUUACUAAAACCCCCAUACAUUAUAUUAAAAUGAGAUUUAAAAAAUGCGGCAAAAAAAUGUAACCGUGGGGUCAUAAGACAUAAGUACUAUAGAGUAUUAAAGUAGAAACUAAUUUGAUAGAGUUAACGCGAUAUCCAUAAUAUUAGUCUGUAAUUUAUGGACUGUGUGUCCGUGUGUUUUUACAUAUAAUUUCUUACUAAAUAAUCCAUUAAAGUGGAAAUUGUGACGAGUAAAAGACUUGAGUAUGCUGA